UACGUCUCGCGUUCCCCACCGCCGACUGUGGAUAUUUUAAGCAACUUUAUUCAUUUUCGACAAUAGAGCUUCUGCGAAUGGGCGAAAGAAUCCGUUUGUCGCGGCUCACCCGUCCCUUUCUGUCCUGUAUAUGAGAUAGUGUCAAAAGUGGAUUUUUAAAAAAAGGAUUUUACGGAGUUUGUAUGUCUUCAUCCCGUGAUGUUGGCGUUUUUACACGUGUGCGUGUGCUGUUACCUCAUACUUAACAUCGUUACCCUACCGGUCACCGGAGCUCCACGUCCACGCAACAGGUUGGACUUUCCCACCAAGUCAGAGGAGGAGGACGGGGGUGCCAUGGUCGCCAUGGGAACUGUCGUCAGACCCGCUGUUGCCCCCAGCGACCGCUGGAGAGAGCGACAGCCCGGCGUCUGGAGGGUCCUUCUGAAGAAAGCCCCCCCGCUGGGAAGGCCCGGAGAAGUGCCUGUCCAAAACGCCACGGCGGGAGAGGUCCUGAUCGAGAGCACCAAGCGAAGCGGCGGCGGCUUGUGGAGUCGGUCGCGGGGUCGGCGCCACACCAUCCUGAGGUCGCGUGGAGGUCACCAUCACCACGGCCACAUGAUGCGCGUGGGCUGCGUUCUGGGCACGUGCCAGGUGCAGAACCUCAGCCAUCGGCUCUACCAGCUGAUUGGACAAACGGGGAGAGAGGACAGCUCCCCCAUCCAUCCCCGCAGUCCUCAUAGCUACGGAUGA